UUAUCCUAUAUUUAAUUGGAUCUAGCAGAUUAAGGUGUUUGUUCCUAUUAUUUAUUUACAGAGCUAAGUCCAUGCAUGCAGAAAAUAAUUAAAAUAUUAAGUCACAAUAAUGGUAUCCCAUUCCAUAUUUAGACUAAAAAUCACUUUAUUUGUUUUUCAAGUUGGUUCUAGGAUAUGAAAUAACUGCUAUCUGAAAUUUUGGAUUUUAUUCUUACUAUACUAGUUUGAACUUUUUAUGAAGGUGUCUUAGACUGAACAUUUUCUGGAGGCAUCUUGGAAAUGGCCUUGGAUGAAUUUGAGUUAGCCCGAGAGCGCGGCCUGUUUGUUCUAGGCAUACUUACUGGAAUCCUCAUUCUGUGUAUAAUUGCUGGAAACUUGAUUGUCAUUUUUUCAUUCAUAAGAUGUAAUUUUGAAGUUUUUGUGGCUACUAAGUACUUCAUUUUCUCCAUGGCAGUGGCAGACAUUUUGUUAGGAGCGAUUCAUCUACCAAUGGUUAUGGCUUCCCAUAUCGGAGGAAAUCAGAUUGCAAAACUUCCAGCUGUGUGUAUCAUACGCCAUGCCUCGGCAAUGGGUAUAUAUUCUGCUGUGAUGUGUAACCAUGUAGCUGUUGCAGUGGAUCGCUAUAUUGCUAUUAUAUGUCCACUGAGAUACCAUACAUUAAUGACAAAAAAAAUUGCCAUCAUUAUUUUAGUUGUAAUUUGGAUAUUCAGUUGUAUGUUAAUGACUGCCCCAGUGAUGAUUAGAAUAUCAGGUGAUAAACAAACAGGAAGUGACAUUAUGAAUUACUGCGGACCAUAUCGUGAGAUUUGGCCUUUAGUAGACAAACAUGGCAUUCUGGCUUUCUUGGUGUUUAUAACUGUGAUACCCGUUAUUCUUUAUAUUAGGAUUUUUCUUGUGGCACGUAAACAACAGAGGUUUUUAGCAGCAGUUAUAAGAAUGGCAUCAUCAGAUGAGAGGAAAAUGAAUCAACAUACAGCCAAAAUCAUGACACUAUUGCACUGUAUCUUUGUAUUGUUUUGGUUUCCCUUUUUGGGGACAAUACCAAUGUAUUUUAUUGAUGUUAAUACAAAUGUAAGAGAUGUCGUAGUGCGUAGUGCUAUAUUUUUAGCAAACUGUAAUUCAGCUGUAAAUCCUUUUGUUUAUUUUUUGUUGAAAAGGGAAUUUAACUUUGCAUGCAAGGCCUUCCUACAGAGAAACCUUCCUUGUCUGCUCAAUAGAGACUCAGAAGAAAGUUCACUAUAACACAGCGGUGAUUAUACAGAGUAUCUCUCUCUGUUAUUACCCACCUGAUGUAUGCAGGUUUAAUAUACAGUUGAAAUUCGGUAUCUCGAAUACAGAUAUCUCGAAUACCAUGGAUAUGUUGAAGUGAAUUGGAAGUCCCAACCACUUAUUCUUUAAGUAUUUUACCCUAGAUAUCUCGAAUCCUCAGAUAACAUAAGUUUUUCCUUGGUCCCAUCGGGUUCCAGAUAAUGAGGUUCAACUGUACCAUUAUUCAUAUUGAUAAACUUUUCAUUCAUUCCUAAUAAAUAGAAUGAAUACUAUAGGAUAAAUAAACCAUUAUUCUUUCCUAUUAUUUAUUUUAUUUGAAAGAAAGAUUCAGGGUUUUUUUUUUCCUACAUGCAGUUCAGGUGUAGAGAGAUUAAUAUGAGUAUGUUUCACCAGA